AUGACCGACGUCCGACCAAUCUCAGAGAAAGACUUUCCGGCAACAAACAGCAAAAUCCCACCAGGAUUCAGCUACACUGGCAGAGUGCCCAGCAAACGAAACCCUUUGAAACCUCUCCCCGACUGCUUUACUCGCGAGCCAGACCCGAAAUGCAGCUACAGACCACUGCGCUCACCAAUCCACAUUCCUUCUCGUAAUAUCAACAAUCUCACCGAAGGGUUCCUCCCAAUGUUCCCAGACGCACCUUCCCUCCUUGCACACGACGUACUCCCGGCGGAUUUGUCACGUCUACUGGAAGACUGCCACCUGAUAGGCAAACUUACGCUCGGACAACAUAUCGGGGCAGAACUUGUUCCCGAGCUCAUGGGUGUAGAAGCGGUCGCGGGCUUCUUCAUGGCGGAGGGAAUUUCGGGACAGGCAGCGAAGAGAAGGGUGAAGAACGUAGGAGAUUUAUUGGACACAUGGAAUGAACAGUUCUUUGCGCCGAGGAAGUUGAGAGCGUGGGUGCAUACCGGAGGGAUGAUCAAGGAUACGGGGGAUAUCGGGAAUGGGGCAUAUGGUGGUGAUACCACGGGUGGCGAGAGUGACAACGGCUCGAAGGAUCUGAAGAAGAAAAUCAAGGAAAGGGUGAAGAAGGACAAGGAUCGUAAGGCGGAGAAAAAAAAAGAAACAAUAUAUCUUGUGAUCGAGACACUCAAAGUCUAG